AUGGCCACAAAAGACCGCAUCACCUGCCACGUCCUCGACACGACAGCCGGCCGCCCGGCGCGCGCCCUCCGCGUGCAGCUGACGCACACGCCGCCCUCGGCGCCCGACGCCGGCGUUACGACGGCCGCCGCCACCACCCCCCGGACCUUCGAGUCCAUCACGGACGACGACGGCCGCGUCAAGACCUGGCUGCCCUACAGCGCCGCCACGGCGUCGGGCGACGUCCCCGUCUACACGCUCGACGACGUGCUCGGCGAGCUCGCCGGCGAGCCCACCUCGCGCUGGACCCUGCGCUUCGACACGGGCGCCUACUUUGAGGGCCAGGGCACCGAGACCUUCUUCCCCGAGGUCCACGUCGUCUUCACCGUCCAGCAGGGCCAGGGGUAUCACGUGCCGCUCCUUCUGUCGCCCUACAGCUACAGCACCUAUCGCGGAAGCUGA